AAACACACGCGUGUCCGCAGCACAGCGUAAAGCAGUAAUUGGAUUUUACAGCAAGUGUUUUAAGCUUAACUCCCAGUAAUGCGAAGUACUUUAAACGGCUGGAGAGACGGGCAGAGAGAGGGAGGUUGAGGAGAGAAGAGCGGAGCAGAGGGGAGAGAAUGGGGGUGGCGAGCUGAAUUAAUGAAUUGAAAAGGUCUUGUGAGAGAGGGGGGAAGUGACUGAAUAGUUCUUUUUUUCCAUUUUCAAUGAGAGAGAAACGAGAGAGAAGGUACACACGCAAGCCGACACGACUUCAUAUAAACACACAAACUCCUGUUGAAAGUACAGCUGCGCUGGGAGCGAAAAGAAGACUUGGGGCUCCGGUAGCCGGCGCUCCGCAUCUGUCCAACCGGUACGAGCUGACACGCAGAUUGCACUUUAAUAACUCAGUACUGCACUAAAACAAGUAAACUACCUACAAAUAAAACACGUAAAGCAUUAGACUAGUGGGCAUGCACGUGAUAAAACAGUCACUAAGUGCAGGGAACUCCGAAAGGAUCGUUUGUAGAAGAGACCCUUCUGGUCACAUUUUGUUUAUCUCUUUGAGGCCUUAAUAAUAAUUUGCAUUGAUAUCAGUGGCAGAAGAAUCCAAGCGAACAGGAUUCUUGUCCACAUGGGAGGGAGGGAGAAGCAGCAAAAGCGAGUGAGAGAGGAAGGGAGAGACACCAGCGAAAACGGCAGAGACAUGGAGGACCGGCGAUAGCAAAACUUAGGAGGCAAGAUAGGGAUGAAGUGGACGGAGGAAGAGAACGGCAGAGUAACUAUCGAGAUGACCUCAGCCACACCCCCCAACUCCCAGAGCACCUCCCCCCAGAAGGUGUGCCAUUCUCAGACGACCCAGACAGAUGUGCUGAAGCCUCUACUUACAGGGGGCAUCGUCGGCGGACAGGGGGCGCUGCGGAGGCGUCGGCGCGUGCUCUCCAAGGAUGGCCGGAGCAACGUGCGCAUCGACCACGUCAGCGGGCGUGGGGCGCUCUACCUACGCGACCUCUGGACCACCUUCUUGGACAUGCAGUGGCGCUACAAGUUCUUCCUGUUCUCCGCCACCUUCGCCGGAACCUGGUUCCUGUUUGGGGUGCUGUGGUACUUGGUGGCCCUCGUUCACGGAGACCUGCUGGAGUUUGACCCCCCGUCGAAUCACACCCCGUGCGUGAUGCAGAUGCAGACCCUGACAGGCGCCUUCCUCUUCUCCCUGGAGUCUCAGACCACUAUUGGCUACGGCUUCCGGUGCAUCACUGAAGAGUGCCCUGUCGCCAUCAUCCUCCUCAUCCUCCAACUUGUCAUUACCAUGGUGAUGGAGAUCUUCAUCACUGGCACCUUCCUCGCCAAGGUGGCACGGCCUAAGAAGCGAGGGGAGACGGUGAAGUUCAGCCAGCAUGCGGUGGUGUCCAACCAUGAGGGCCGACCCUGCCUCAUGAUCCGAGUGGCCAACAUGCGCAAGAGCCUCCUUCUGGGAUGCCAGGUGACUGGGAAGCUUCUGCAGACCUCUUUGACCAAGGAGGGUGAGACAGUACGCCUGGACCAGAGGAAUGUCCCCUUCCAGGUGGACACCUCCAGUGACAGCCCCUUCCUCAUCCUGCCCCUCACCUUCUACCACGUGAUUGACGAGAGCAGCCCCUUGCGACCCUGGGCCGCCAAGGGUAUGACGGGGGGUAGUGGGGAGAUGUUAGAAUCAGGUGGGGGAUGGACAGACCCCGAGCUGGCCGACUUCGAGCUGCUGGUGAUCCUGAGUGCGACAGUAGAGCCCACGUCUGCCACCUGCCAAGUGCGCACCUCCUACCUACCUGACGAGAUCCUUUGGGGCUACGAGUUCCCACCUGUGGUCUCCCUUUCGCCCUCCGGGAAGUACGUGGCUGACUUCUCCUUCUUCGACAAGGUGGCCAAGACCAAGACCCAGCCUCUGUUCAAGCAGAUCCCCGCCCAGAGCCCACCCCCACAUGGACAGCCUGGGGGCGGAGUCACUGAAGGGGCGGACCCAGAAAAGAUGCGCCUAGAGCAGAGCUACAGGGAAAGGGGGGAAGAACGAGUGAGGCCUAGAGACAGCAGUCCACUUAGCGUCCGUAUCAGCAACGUGUAGCAUGGUGACAGGUAGCUUGUACAAGCACGACUGGAGUAAACACUCCAGUUUCGUGCUCAUGCUUGUCCGACUGACUGUUGAGGCUUUUUUAAAAUGAUAGUUCUGGUCUCCCUUGUGUUUUUAUCGUUUUAUCUUACCUAGACUUUGUUGGAAAUGGAGAAGAAACUGCAUUGCCAUUGAGUGUUUCAUUGGUGUUUUUCUUUCCAAAUAAUGAUUUAAUGAGUGAGAGAAGGCCAUUUGUGUAUCCUGAAGGGGCUGUAGAAUGAUUUCUGUGUUGUUUGGGAAUAUUGUGGCACAGCGGGACUCCUGUACCCCGGAGUGCCCUGCAGGGGUCACUGUUUCUUGACUCGCCGUUUUCAGCUUUUCACAGCAUCUGCAGGGCUAUGCGUAGACCAGCAUCUCCUGAUCUUUCUUAAACCCUGAAGCUUAACUCCCUGACAGCACUAAAUGAACCAUAGACUGAAACAGUUCAACAUUUCCAUCAUAUUCCGGGCUUAAGGCCUCAUUUUGAAAUCUGUCAAACCUUGACGCACUGGUGGCCUCCAGGACUAGAGAAAGGAAGGUGCCCAGAAAAGCACAUUGUACACUUUAAUAAAAGUUGUCCUAGUGGCACAAAUGUAAUGAACUUCACCACAGGACAAUGAAAGAAUGCUAAAUUCUCUUUUAGAAGCUGAGGUCAUGCUGUGUGUGUGUGUGAGCGUGUGUGUGUGUGUGGUGUUAGCAGAUAAAGUAGAAAAAACCACAAAGCACAUGGUAGCAGCACACAGAAGAUAUUUCAUAAGAAUAAUCAGUAGACGGUAUUCAAAACGAAGUGCCAGAGCAUAAAAGGAAUAUCUUAAAAAUGAGAUAUUUCUUGAUCGGUGCUUAUGAGAAUGCAUUGUUAUACAAAGUUGCAUAUUUACAUUUGUCUAUCUAUUGUACUAACAGCAGUAGUACACUGAUUGGAACUUAGUUACUUGAGAAAAUGUGUAUGACACUCCUAAAGCACUGGAAUGUAAAAAAUUUGUGUUUGUGUGUCAGCUUGCGUGCACGCAAGUGCACAUGAUUAUGUGAUUGUAUUUUAACAAUACUAAAAGCACUUUAAUAUGGAGAAAAAGUUCUAACGUCACCAGCUGCCUUCACUCUCCUAUGUACCUACUUUAAUUUUGUGUUUCCGGCUUGUGUUUGUGCCGUUUCUGCGCUCCGAGUCAGUACAUUUCCGUAUAAAGUCUAGUACAUUAGAAUUGAUUUUGGCGCCAUCUAGUGGCGGUAGGUACUUCAGACACUGCGUUGCCAGCGCCCGUAGAGGUAAGAAAACCAAUGCAGGAGACGCCAUCUGAUUAUAGUCGGGCAUGAAACUACUUCCGUGCUCAGCUAAUAAUAAAAACUGUACUUGACAACAAUUAAGCUUUCGUUUCAUGAAAUUGUUUUUAAUCAAAAAUGUUUAUAUUACUUUUCAUAUGAAGUUACUUUGUUCGUGCCAGUUAUGAGUUACCCGAGUCAAAAUCCCACAGAUCCGUGCCUCUUAUUUAAUGCCAGCAGCUCCGUUCUAACGGUUUAUGUCAAAAUUAGAGCUGUACUUAAGCAAACUUAACUGGUUAGGGCUGCUUUUUCUUUUCUCAGACUGAAACCGGAUUGGAAUGAAUAUGCACGUAUACGAUGUUUAGACGGUAACCCUCAGCUGGUCAGGCUAGUUUGCGAAAUGGACAGAAUGCUGAAUGUGUGUCUUUGUGUAAAUGGCUUUCAAGCCUGGGCAUUAGUCUGACACAAAAUUUACUCCAGCCACUUUGUGUUUUCCAGAUUGACUGCAUCUAUUUGCAGAUGGUAAUGGGUUGAUUAUAAGGAACUUUCCUGCAUAGUUGUCUCCAAAAUGGCGGUACUCACAUGUUUGCAGAGCUGUUCAGAGCAUGGAAUUGCCUCUUUUAAGUGUUGAAUAGGUGUUUUUUGUUAAAUCUUUUUGUGCAUUGGAAAGAAUUUUGCAGUUCAAAACUGCCACACCUAACAUUUAAUGAAAAUAUUUUAAGUGCCUGUUCUCAAUAAACUUGUCAUUCAAAAUGCA